AUGGAAAGUGAUGUUAUGGUGUUAAAAUUCAAGAGAAUUUGUGUGUUUUGUGGGAGUAGUCAAGGGAAGAAAAAUAGUUAUCAAGAUACUGCUAUUGAGCUAGGCAAAGAAUUGAUCUCAAGAAACAUUGAUUUGGUCUAUGGAGGAGGUAGCAUAGGCCUAAUGGAUUUGGUUUCACAAGCAGUUCAUGAUAGUGGUAGGCAUGUUAUUAGAGUUAUUCCUAAGACACUCAUGCCUAGAGAGUUAACUGGUGAAAUAAUAGGAGAAGUAAAGGUAGUUGCAGAUAUGCAUCAAAGAAAAGUAGAAAUGACUAGGCAUGGUGUUUUUAUUGCUUUAUUGGGUGGUUAUGGCACACUUGAUGAGCUAUUUGAAGUAAUUAGUUGGGCACAUCUUGACAUCCACGACAAGCCGGUAGGAUUACUGAGUUUGGAUAAAUAUUACAAUUCAUUAUUGUCAUUUAUUGACAAAGCUGUGGAGGAAGGCUUCAUCGGUCUCAAUGCUCGCCAAAUCAUCGUAUCUACGCCAACAACAACAGAGCUUGUUGAGAAACUCGAGGAAUAUGUUCCUUGUCAUGAAAGAGUUGCUUCGAAGUUGAACUGGGAAUUAGAAGAAAUUGGCUGGCUUCCUGAUCAUUCGUUCACAGAACAUGGUUUGGUAUCAAGAAGAUAGCAAGAUUUUUGGUAGUUAGUUACAUCAUGAAUAGUUGGAUAUGUUUAGGUGAAAGAGAUAAAAGGAAUAACAAUGCCAAUUUUCUUCUAAUUUUCCUUGUCAUAUCCUUUUAACCUAUUUCAUGAUUCGGGCUAUUAAUAAAAUUUAGAAGUUAGGCCGCCAUUCCCAUCUUAUAUUAACCUAAUUAAUCAGAGUUUCAUAGUGGUUCGAGAAAUUGUGAUAACUAUAGAAGAUAGUACACUUACUAUAUUCUCUUCUUUCACAUUCUGUUUUACCCUUUUUCAGUACCAUUAAGAUAGAACUUUAUCUUAUUCUUAAAUUUCACUUCUCUAGAAACUAUUGUAGUUAAAUUCCUGAAGUUGAAUUCACCCGCCCCGAAACCUUGCUCUUCCUCCUAUCUCAAUCUCAUCAAGCCCUUAAAAGCUUGAACAUCGCUCAAUGUUAAACUUGGAGUACCUUAGUCAACAACUUCAGCCUGAUCUCAACAUGGUAAUGCAGAAUUAUCUACCCAUAGAUGCAAAUUCCCAUCCAUCAAACAAAAUGGGAUACUAUCCGCCACUCCAAGACUCAAAAAAUGAGCUGUAUCAUCAAGCAGAAGCCCCAAAAAUUGUGUUAAAUCAUCAUAUAAAGGGGGAUCAAAGGCUGAAAUCAGUUCCCAGAAAAAGGAUUGAUUCCUCCCUAAAAACCACCGGAAAUGGUACCAAAAAACCCACCAAAUUUGCAGAUAUCUUCAACAAAACAACCUUAUACUCAGCUCGAUGUCCUCUCUUUGUUGUUAAAUUGUUCUUCGUAUAUAUGAAUCCGGCGGAUUUGAGUAUGAAAAAUUAUUAUUCCUGUGAAAUGAUGCAUAAAUCUCCAUCACAGUUUUAUAAGUAUUCCACGGAAUCACAACACCCAUCCAAUUCCCAUUCCGACUUACUCUAGGAAAUGACCCCAACAAUUUGAGGUACUUCUUUCUACUAGACUAGAGAACAACUCCUUGUUCUCCAGUUCUUCAAAAGCAUUUAAUCCAACAACUUCCAUAUAUUUUGAAGCUUUCAGCACUUUCUUGAUGCUCCAGUAAGCUUGAUUGGCAGUAGCAUCUCUAAUUGACCUUUCUUUUAUUAUGUAGUAUAGGUGAACCCACCUGACCCAAAAUCUAUCUUUCUUGUUACUCAGAUUCCACAACAAUUUACUAUCAGCUUCAUCACUCACUCUCUCUUAAGUAGUAGAAGUAUCUAAGACCAA